UCUGCCUGAACUUCGCCGGGAUCUUAUGAGGUCCGGGUAGUAUAUAUCAUUCAGGCAACUGGCUUGCCAUCUACAAGUUCCUCCUCCCUCUUGGUCGUCCAACGAGAUAAAAUACCGCCUCCAGUCAUCAAACCAUCUUCUCCGUUCUCCUGGCACUUGCCUCAGAGCCGGAUGGCAAAGAAGCUCCCCUUUAUCAGCUAACAACUCGCCCACUUGUUCCAUCUCUACAUUUCAAGCUGAACCUUCUACACAUCCUUUCCUAUUCUCAACAUCAAAAGGGAACAAAGCUUCACCAACUCAACCAAAUAUCCGCCCCAAACCACUCAUCAAAAGCCAUGAAGUCCCCAAUCACCUCCCUCCUCCUCCUCCUCCUCGCCUCGACAGCGGCCCUCGUCUCCGCCAUCAAACCAGGCGGCAAAGGCCCCAUGAACAUGCCGCGCGAGAGAGCCCACAUGUGGCAGCAAGUCGCCUGCAAAAUGGGCCACGGCAACCUCUUUAUCACCCCUUACAAGCUGACGGCCAUCGUCGACGAAGAGGUCAGCAACAUCUGCCACCGCCUCUGGCACAACCUCAAGCGCACCGACAUCGCGUGCGCGCUGCCCAGCAGGACCGUCUGCGAGGACCACGGCGACAAGUCGAUCCAGGAGAAGAGGCUCUAUUGGAGCUUCGACGUGUUCACCUCCUGCCCCGCCGCCGCUGUCGACUCGGCCUGGUACGAGAGCACCGGCAACAUUUGGGGCCGGUCGAGGUGCGGCGAGGGAAAAUACGAGUAUGCGGAUCUUCCUGAGUUGCCCUUUCCUUAUGAGAAGGAGCGUCCGACGUUUGGGGAGGCUUAAGGGG